AAAGGUGAUUGGCUAUGAACCUAAGAUGUGGACUAACUGGGAGGACUGACACUGCCUGUGCAAGCUAUUGCACAUCGUCUUUAUCUUUGUGGUGGUUACACUGUUUUGUAGUAUUUUAGAUUGAACUCUGUAUCAGAGAGAAUCCUGAUGCUCCUGCUUAGUUGUGAGUUGUGGUUCCUGGAAGGCUCCUGUUUGUGUUGGAUUAGGAAGCAGUCUUGUGAUCUUUUGAGUCUUAACUAGCAGGAAAGAGAAACCAAUGUCUAGUUGUAUAGCAACCACAAAUGCAGUGACAAAUACAAUACCAUACAAACGAGAUUUUUGAUAAUAUUCAUAUGCAUGAUUUGCUCUUGGAACCAAGUGAUUCAUAUGGCCAUUAGACAGGUCGCACAACACCGAGGAGCUGAACUGAACUUGUGUGGGCUGCGCCGUACGACUCCCGGCGGGCGGCGGCGGACUCGGAAGCCGCAAUGGCGCGGGGCUGCCGAUGCCCUCGCCAUCCGAAGGCCACGGCCUCACCGUCGUCGCCGCCGCCGCCUCCAGCAUCCUGAGGCUGCCCUGUCGUCCUCGACCGAUCCUGUGUGCUCUGCUCCAUGGCCGCCUCCCCUCAAAGCGGAAAGUUCCCCUCUUCCUCUUAACAACUCAUCGCGUCAAAAGCCAUGGUGGGAGCUGAUUCAGGAGGCAUCUGCAAUCAGCAAUUUGCUUGCAAGGAACUACAGUCACAAGAAUUCCUUGUGUAUCGGUAAUCGCAUUGUACUACAUCACUACAGGCAUGUUAUUGGUCUCAUAUUGCCACUGCCCUUUAACAGUGGAAGUGUGUGAGGGUACUAUUGUCUAAAAACUCGGUUAAGUAUGGACAAAUACAGAACAUUUAAAGAAGAAUAUAUCUUUAACUGUUCCCAUAUCUUCCUUAAUUGUAUGGUUUUUAGUAAUGAAGAAUCCAAUAUUUUGUGCAUGACCACUUUAGAAAUUUUUUCUGACUUUCACUGAAAAUUAACUCUUUACAGGAGCAUGUGCAAUAAAGAAAAUGAAUAAUGUGCAUAGGGAGGAAUAUGCAGGCUUAUAGUGCUAGGGCACAACAAAAUCAUAGUCUAUAAUUUCCAGUGCGAGAAAGUGAAAUCAGGUGGCUAAUGGCCCAUCUUAUUCUAGCUCACCAUAUGCUCAAACCUCUGAUGCUAAGAUAGAGACAAGAAUGACAUAUAAAUCACAUAUUUUGGCUUGGGCUGCCCCCCAUAUUACCUGUACCAAUCAUUAGAAAAUAAAAGGGAGAACAGAAUAUGAUCCCUACUGUGUGUAGUGGGGUUAGCACACCAAAAAACCAGAUGUACCCCUUUUUUCUGAAAGAAGAUAUGCAGACCUUUUGCUUCAUUCUACUACCGAACUACCAAAUUUCAUUUGAGGUCAGUUUAUUUUCCUUCGUUUUAUUUAACCCAUCCUUAAUUUGUAUUGUUGAGGAGGGAUCAAGUCAGCUUCAUUUCUGAAAGCAGCAAGGCAUAUUGGCAAGGCAACCUUUCUUGGCAAGCAAGCCGAGAGUAGGAAAACUAGCUCAUCAAAGGUAAGAAAGAUACGUGGAACUAAAAGUCAACGGUGUCAUAUAAAAAAGUAUGGAGGGAGUACUAUAGAAAAUUACGACCUAGCGCUGAAAUUGAACAAACACGCAUGAAUAUAUGCUGCUUGGCUCAAUAUGGUCCAUUGAACGGCUUAAUCGGUUGUCGUUGCCCUAUUGAUUUAAUAAUAUUUGUCACAUCUUUGAACAAUGUAAACAUGAUAUAUUUCAGUUGAAUGAUUGUAUCAAGCUUGAGACAAUUUCCAGUCUGAAAAAAUUAACCAUUUGUGUUAUAUAAAGUCAACAACAACUAGAUAACGUGUCUAGCACUUUGGUACAAACCGUUAACUAAUUCAAUGAUUACAAUUAACAGUUGAUGUAACUGUAGCAGCAACAUGUCAUGUUAAGAAUACCUGUUGCAAGUAUCUGUGCCUUAAUGAAGAGUGCACCACGUUUAUGCUGCAACCUGCAAGUGGAUGCAUUUCUGUCUGAUUUGGUUCCCAUAUCCAUGUUGAUUUGGUGUCUACAAUUGAUAGAUAUUUCUAGCCGUGUAAUCGUCUUUUCUAGACCCUUCAGUCUUCACUAUAUCUUACACCAAAACAAGUUGCAAUUCCUUUUGCUUUGCUUUCUCCUAAACUUAAUGCAAAAAUUCAAAGUUCUUUUGCACAUUCCCAAUUUUUUUUCCUUGCUUUGUCAUCUACAUCAAAAUUCCACGACCAGAAUUGGUUUUCUGUCUUUUUGAAACUCUACUUCCAGCAAGAACUUCUUCAGUUCAAUCUAGCAGACUCUGGUAGCUUGUAAAUUUGAUGUGAAAAGAAAGCUUAAUGGCUGGACCUGAACAAUAAGUUCAGUUAUGCUUAUUCCUUGCCAUUUUAUUUAAGGUUGUCCCAUACGGAGUUGCACCAAUUUGUGGGCAGAAGGUAGUGGGCAUUACGAAGUAGUACUCAUCCAACAAACGGAUAAAUGCUUGGUGGACACAAAGUAAUAGAAAAAGGGAAAUGAAACAUCAUUUAUAUAUUAUAUGGUUCCUCCACUGCCAAAGACGUAUCAUGACCAUCAGUGUGCAUGCAUCCUUGGCCUUAGUUUGCUUGUAUGAAAUGGUUAGCCAUCACUGUCACCGUGUAUCUAUGGCUGCAAGGCUGUAAGCAUUGUACAUGAUUCUUCACUCUAGAGCUUAGCUUCAAUCUUCUUUACCCUAACAUCCUUUUAGCAUUCCAGACUCCAGAUGCUCCUCACAUGACAGCCUGCAUAAAAAAACCGCACUUCCAUGCGAUGCGGAUUCAAGAGAUUGUCCAACAUAUAUAUUCCCUCUUCAGACCUUCACUAUAAAUAUAAGCCUACUGGGGCUGUGCACUUCAUACUCUUCCUAUGUUCUUUCAUUCAGUGCACAUCAUAGACAAGUAACACAAUAGCUUAGCAGCAUCACUACAGAGACUUGCUGCAGAAAGCAUUCAUGAGUUAUUACGGAAGCAGCUCUUCUGGUGGAUGGGGUCGUCAGAGAGUUGAGUACGGGAGGACCUAUGUGGUGAGGCCAAAGGGAAGGCACCAAGCCACCAUUCUGUGGCUUCAUGGCCUCGGUGAUAAUGGUGCAAGCUGGUCCCAGCUCCUGGAUUCUCUUCCAUUGCCAAGUAUCAAGUGGAUUUGCCCCACCGCGGCAACCCGACCUGUCACAGCAUUUGGUGGAUUCCCUUGCACUGCAUGGUUUGAUGUGGAGGAUACUUCGGUGGAUGGCCGUGACGACAUUGAAGGACUGGAUGCUUUAGCAGCACACAUUGCAAACCUGUUGUCAUCAGAGCCACCUGAUGUGAAGCUUGGGAUCGGCGGUUUCAGCAUGGGUGCUACAGCUGCCCUCUACUCAGCUGCAUGCUAUGCUCAUGGAAGAUUUGCAAGCGGCAUCACCUACCCUAUCACACUCAGCACGAUCAUCAGCUUGAGUGGCUGGCUCCCUUGCUCCAGGACCUUGAGGAGCAAGAUGGAGAGUUCACACAUGGCUGCAAGAAGAGCUGCCUCCUUGCCUAUCUUACUCAGCCAUGGGAGAGCGGAUGAGGUUGUAUCCUACAGGAAUGCUGAGAGGUCAUCUGACACCCUGCGUUCCUCGGGGUUCUUAUAUCUGCAUUUCAAAUCCUACACCGGGCUUGGCCAUUAUACCAUCCCUGAAGAGAUGGAUGACGUCGGCAAGUGGAUCAGCUCGAGGCUUGGCCUCGACAGAUCCCGCUAAUGGAAGUGAACGUCCAAGUCGAACAGUGUUAAGUAGAGGUGAAGGCUUGACUAUGCUCUGUUACCUACCUGCAAGGAUUGAGCAUAUGUCACCAAGUGACAAUAAUGCAGUUGAGGCUCCUUGUCCUUGCAAUCAUUUUUGAAAGUCUGUUUUUCUAAACAAGGCAAGGCAGUUAGUUGCCUUCUAUAUUAAUAAAGAUGUACAAGUGUCCUUGCAGUCAUGUUUAUGUAUACUUCAUACUUCAAGUGCUAUCAUCGCUACAUGAUUAUAUCUUCAGGCUCAGGCAUCAUCAUAAUAUUCCCGAGAUUACGGAGCCAAACAAACUUCUGCAUGGCUUAAAGUUCAUUCCAGAGAAGGAUUAAAUGUAUAUAUUGAAAUUUGAUUGUGUUUACAGAAAGUGAUCAUUGUCUUGAGGACGGUUGAUCACCAUGAUCUGAAAGUUGUUGUCACUGCACAAAAGAUCAUGCCGUCAGGGUUCUGUUUGAACCGGUUAUGAAACAAUUAACACAUUGUGAUUAGGUUGACAGUUUCUAUUGGUAAACUAUAUUAGGAAGGUGUGUAAGUGUGAAAAACUUACCGAAUAUCUUGGGCUU